AUGGAACCGGAGCAGAAGAAAAGAAAGUUCAAGCCGCCGCCGCAGAAGUCGAAGUGGACCAAAAAAUGCGGUGUCUUCCCGAUGAUGACCUCGGUGCCGACUCCCCCUGUUGUCAGCUUAGCAAUUGGGGGAAUUAGUUGGGAUUCCGGCCUGCCAUCAAUGAAUAUCUCGUCGUCCCACCACUCCGCAAACAUGCAAAGAGCCAUUGUUACUCUGUUGGUGUGA